AUGGAAGAAUUUGAACAAUAUGAGAAGGGCGGGCUACUAAGGAAUCGAUAUUCAAAAGUUAGUGAUAUUAGUGAAGGAUCAUAUGGACUUGUUUCUGUUGCAAGGGAUACAAAGAGAAAUAAUUUACUCGUGGCAGUAAAGUAUAUUUACCCCGUUGAUUAUAAAAAGAAAAAGGAGAAAAAAGAUGGAGCAGGAGGAGAAGGAGAAGAGCAGGGCCAAAACAAAAAUCAUUCUAAUAGACCAUGUUCGAGUCCAGCACGCUUAAAGUCUCCGCCUCAGCUGAUUGUCAACAACCUUGAUUUUGAUAAUGACAGGGAAGAGGAUGCCAGCUCAAUCUUUGAUAGUUUGAAAGACGAAGCUCAAAAGGAAAUCAGAAUCCAUGAAAUCUUGGGCAACCACCCCAACAUCUCAGGGUUAUAUGACCAUUUUGAUUCAUGUUUGAUAUUGGAACUAUGCACCAGAGGCGACUUGUACGAGGCUAUUCAUAAAGGUAACGGGCCUGCUUCGACUCCAGACAUUAAGGAUGUCUUUAAUCAAAUACUCAAUGCCAUUGAGUUUUGCCAUUCAAAAGGCGUAUACCAUCGAGAUUUGAAACCGGAAAACAUUUUGAUUGCCGAGGAUUGGAGCAUCAAGAUUUGCGACUGGGGUUUGGCCACAACAACAAGGAUUGUCACUGACCGAGAUGAAUUUGAUAUUGGCUCGGAGAGAUACAUGGCACCAGAAUUGUUUGAUAAGGAGAUUGAGUCGUAUGAUGCUUCCAAGAUUGACAUUUGGUCGUUGGGUGUCAUAUUGUUGACAUUGGUUUUCCACAAGAACCCUUUCCAAGUGGCCAACUACUCCGACAAGAGAUUCUUGCAGUUUGUUAGCAACCGAGAAGCUUUAUUUGAUUUUUUUUCAACAAUGAGCGGUGAUUUGUUUUCUGUUUUGAGAUUCAGUUUGACAAUUGACCCUGACAAUAGGAGUUUGCGAAACCUUGGCGACGAACUCAAUGCCUUGAGGUUUUUCACCAUUGACGAGGAGUACGAAGCCAGUGAUUACGAGUAUGAUGAAGAGGAAGAAGAGGACGUCGAGGAUGACUAUGGCUCCUUUGAUGAAGAGUCCAAAGUGCAAGCUUCUCCUCCUUCCCUUCCUCCUGCUUCUGGAUUGAAAGAAGCGAAAAUUACCGAGGAAGAUGAUGACUUUGCAGUGGCUAGGUUAGUAGAGGAAAUUCCUCAUAACCACAGAGCAGAUGCUCUAUUAUCGACCUCGGCCAAGUCAAAGCCUAUUCCAAUCAACAGCUUAAAAUUCAAAUUUAUCCGCAACACCAGAAAGCCGUUGAAUGUGGCGUCAUAUAACCAAAACCCCAAUGUCAAUGGCCGAUACUCCAAUAGUUUUGGCAAUAAAUCCAACUUUCACCGCGAAGAUUUCUUUACACCAAGGUCUGUAUUCAAUCAUUACAUGGACAAGUAUGGAGAAAAGAGACACCUCGGACGAUACUCGGUCAAUGGUAAUGGUUUCAGUGGUAGUGCCAAUGGUUUUACCAAUGGCAUUAGCACCGGCAAUGGCAAUAGCAAUGGCAAUGGCGGUGUCUCUGAAUUUGCCAAGAGGCCACCACCGUUUAGAAGAAAAAGAACUUGGAAGCAAAAUUUCCGCAAAAAAUACAAGUCUCAGCAUAAUGGUGUUUCUAAUGGCAAUAGUGUCCAGAUACAUCGCACCAACGACUAUGCGGGCAAUGAUUCUCAUAACCAUCAGCUGGUGAACCGGAAAAGGAAUAGACUGUAUUCGACUUCGAAAUUGAGAAAAAACAUUGCUGGAAAUGGAAUUGGCCAUGCUAGUGGCUCCAUGGUGUCAUCAAGUUUGGCAUUGCCUCACCCUCAUGCUUCAGCAGCAGCAACCACCACUGCCACCAACACCGCCAACGCCAACGCCGCCGGGUCAAGUUUGUCUAGUUCUGGCAAAUACAUUCCUCCCUAUUUGCGCUCACCUCAACCGCAGCCUCAUAAAUCGCCUGCGGUGGGCCCAUUGACGGAGGAAAUUGAUAAUUUGUCGUUGAGAGCUGAUUACGAUGAGGUGUUUCAUUUGGAAGAUGAUUUUGACGUGACGUUUGACCAAGAAUUAGGCGGUGAUGACGAAGAUAACGAAGAUGAAGAUGAUGAUGUGGAAGAAGAAGAAGAAGAGGAAGUCAUCGGUUCAUCGAGUGGAGAAUUUGAUUCUCGCUUGAAACCGAAAAAGGAUGCCACUUUAUUCCUGAUGUCGGGGUUAUCGAAUACUACCAGUCACGAGAAAUCUUCUAGUACUUCGCCGACUCAAACGUCGGCCAAGGAAACUGAUCAUUCAGAUUCCGCGGGCAAGUAUAUUCCUCCAUUUAAGCGAGGGUCUAACCAUCACAACAACAACAACAACAACAACAACAACAACAACCAACAGCAGAAUCAAAUCCAGACAAGGAAGCAGUAUACUCCAUUUGCCAACACCAAGACUCCCACGAUUGCCGAAGUUACCAGAAUCUUGAAUCCGACGGUGUCCAGGAAGCAGAAUGGCACGGGCGCAAACACAAAUACUACUUCUACUACUACUACUACAGCUGGUGGAUUGACGGCCGAUUUGUUUGAAUCUAAACGGGCCCUUGCCGAGUCUGUAAGUAAAGGGUUGGAGAAGUGGAUGACUGGGUUUGCCAAGUCGAACAAUCACAGCGCGCCGGCCAUGGUUGCUGCAGUUGGCGGUGCAUCUGCUUCAAGUGAGGUGAUUCGGAACGGAUCUAGUGAUUGGUUUGCAACUCCAAGGAAAAACUGGAGUGACAUUGAUGAUUGA